CCUCAACCUACGACGACCUGCGAACAUCUUCACCUCGACAACGUCACCUUGCGACUAUACCCUCUGUCGUCAAUACACCUUCGUCGCCACAGAUCGACAAAUUACUCAUUGUUGUGUCACGCGACCAAUUCCAGUCCCACCUUUGCCAGUCGCUUUCGUCGCGCGCACCAUUCACAAAGCUCGCUCCUUUUUUUGCUACCUUUCGAUAUCAUUGUCCUUUCGACGAUACCUAAGUGAACGCAAUCGAAUCGCAUUCCAUAUAUCCAACAUGUCACCCAAUCCCGAACACGGGGCUCCGGCACCUACCGACCCUCCUCCGGCUGCUGAUACUGAACAAAAGUCCGACUCGAGCGCCCCGGCGACGCCUCCCCCGGCACCCGUCCCUUCAGCCGACCCAAAGCUCUUCCGACAAAUAACACAAUCACAUACCGGCGAGUCCGACCAAGAUGUUGACGAUAUCUACAAAGUCUCCCCCUUAGCCGCCCUCAAGCUCCUCAGCGCUGGCAUCGAGACCCUCGUUUCCUUCACAGGCGACAUCCCGCCCACGCCGCCCCCACGAUCCCCAACCAUCCCCCAUAUGCGUGGCAUGGACGCCGAAAAACAGAGCAUCGUACGGUCUAAUUCCGAGAAGAACCUGGCCAGGCUUUUGCAGCAAAAGAGCGCGACCAAUUCCCCACGGAGACCCUUCAGCCCGGCGCCACAACGGCACCCGCACCCACCUCCCUCGAGAGAAGGGCACAAACAAUCCCAGUCAAUAGACGGCGUCCAACUCCGCACUCCCAACCCAACCCCACCGCCCGGUCUCUCGUCCAGCGACGCAAAGUCGGCCCUUGAACCCUACAUCAUCGUCGGCGAGAACUCCCAACCGCUCAACACCCAACACUCGGCCAUAACCCGCAAAUUCUACUCGCGAUUGCCUCCCCCAAUCUCCAUUACCGACUACCUCCUGCGCAUCCACCAAUACUGCCCCAUGUCCACGGCCGUCUACCUCGCCGCUUCUCUGUACAUUCACCGCCUGGCCAUCAUUGAGCGCGCCAUCGUCGUCACCAAGCGCAAUGCGCAUCGCCUACUUUUGGCAGGCAUACGAGUCGCCAUGAAAGCCUUGGAAGAUCUGAGCUAUCCGCACUCCAAGUUUGCCAAAGUGGGCGGAGUUAGCGAGACGGAGCUGGCGAGGUUAGAGAUUAGCUUCUGCUUCCUGGUCGGAUUUGAGCUGAGAGUGGACGAGGAGGCGUUGAGAGGCCAGUGGGAGAUGCUAAAAUCUGGUGUCGAGGCGUGGGAGGGUGUUGAGCAUGACCUUUAUGGGAAACGAGAGGUGAUUACAUUGAGGAAUCCGCCCCCGGGGAGGGAGGGGAUGCAGGCGGAAGCUGCUGCCGAGGCGUGAGAGGGCUGGAGAGGGAGAGUGGAAGGGUUUCUGUUUGGGUUGUGGCAUUAAAAAAAAUAAUCUUGACGUUGUUUUCGGGCGUAAUAUCAGGAGUGGGAAGUCAAGGCCUGGUGUUCGAAGCGGCAUCCUUUGCCAGCACAGGAGGACAUCAAACCCCAUGUCGUACACGAGCAAGGGCAAAGAGCAAACCGAAUGGCUUGCUUGA